AAUCAUGAGUAAUUAUGUGAUCAGUGCAGCAGAUCAACUAAUCAUUCAAUCAGGUAGAAUCAACUAUCCAACUCCUAGGAACACCAUUUAAUUGUGAAAUUGUACAUCCAGGUUAAUCUUGUGAAAUGAACAUUUUAUCUAAGUAUUAUUGGAAAUAACUUAAUAAAGUCUUCCCAGAAUUAUGAGAUCCAAUUCUAAAGUGUACUUGCCAGUUCAUCUGAUCCCAUUUCUACUUUACAAAAGAAAAUAAUUCAUGAAGAAGUAUCAAUAAUAUCCUUAACCAAAUAGUCCUUUAUCCACAUUGGGCAGAGCACUUGUUUCAUAUUUUAAGAGCAUAUGUUUCCUCUCCUUUAUGGUUCAAAUCCUCCGUUACAAUUGGUGCAAACAAAAAAAUCUCCUUAAAAAGGUUGAUCCAUUUGUUCCAUUGUCUGGUGGUUUCAUAAGUUCAUUUGCUCUUCUUCUUGAGUCUAAUACUAGGUAUUUUUGGAAUCUAAAUGUAGAGCAAUGGAAAUUUGCUUAAGUAUUGUUCCGAGAUUUUGCGAAACCAUCAUAAACCUAUUAAAGAGCAGGGGGAAGAUGAUGGACAUUCCUCGAGGAGAUGUUAUUGUUUUCUCAUUUGUUAUUGCCAUCAUCCAUUACUAUUAUUAACAUGAUGUAAGAUUGCUUAUUUAACAAUAGCCAAAAUCUUUAAAAAACACAUAUUACAAGGUGUUUGAAAAAAUAUGGGGAAUAAAUUGAAUCUAUAAUUUGUAUUUAUU